UACUAGUACAUUGAUAGAUGGUGCUGCGGCGGUGCGGCCCACCUACUCAGCAGUCCCAAGCCGCUAUAUAUGCACAAAUACACAGUGCAUCUAGAGUGUCCCUACACAAAGACAGAAACGGCAGCCACAACCCACAACAUGCUCAACGGAUCGAGCUCCCAAGUGUUCAUCAUGCCCGCCGCCGGCCAUGUCGACUACCUCGUCGCGGGAGGCUCCGGAGGAGGCGACGACCCCAGGUACCCCUGGACCUUCAAGUCCCUGCACGAGGUGGACGCCGUCGUCCCUGCCAUCGCCCGUGGCAGCAAGAGGCCGGCCGCCGUCCCCGGUGGAGCACAGGUAGAGCCCUACGGGUGCCCCAUCUGCUUCCGCAUGUUCGCCACUUCCAAGGCCGUCCAUGGCCACAUGCGCAGCCACACGGACCGCACCUGGCGCGGCAUGGAGCCGCCCCGGCCGCCGCCCCUGGACGGGCCACGUUACCCGUAUGCGUGCGAUCGCUGCAAGAUGCCGUUCCAGACGCGGCAGGCGCUCGGCGGCCACCGCGCCAGCCACAAUGGUAAGAAAGGCUGCUCCGGGCUCGAAAGAGAGGAGCUCGCCGCCGCCGAAGAAGCUCGGAGGCCCGUCGUGUUCGACGUUGAUCUGAACCUUCCGGCUCCCGAGGCAGAUCAGGAACAGGGGGAGUAGUAGGAGUGAUCAACAGAUCGAUCGAGCAGCUUGCUAGUGUUCUCAGUUGACAGUUGUUCGAGCUGUGCUUGCGUGUGCUAUAUUUGGUGUUUAGCUUCUCCGAUAUUAUAUUCUGCCUUCCCUCUCUUUGACUUUGUGUUUCGAGACUUGGGUUGCAAAUAGCUCUCGAUCGAUCGAUCCCCGCUUAAUAGAUAAAUAAAUGAAGACUACAAUUAAGCUGCUAUAUAUAUGUGUGUCAGAUUGUGUUGGAUACUUUGAUGCAGCUAGAACUAAUGUUUCAGGUUAUUUCAUGUGAUACUUUGUUUCUUGA